AGGAGGAGGAGGAGGAGAGAGAGGGAUGCGAGGAGCGGUAACACAAUACGGCUGAGGAGCAACAUGGAGGCUUGUGCCUGAGCCUGAUGCGGCAGCGGCAUUGUGCUCGCCCCUCCCGGGAGCCGGCGGCGGCGGUUGCGUGCUCUUGUCCGGGAUCCUGCCAGGAACAUCGCGGGACAGAGGCGAGGACAUGACCGGCUCUGCGGCGGCGCUUCUCCUCUGUCUGCUGGGCUGCGACGUGUGGACAGUGGCCCCCAAGACCCUGCGGGAGCAGAAUGCAGCGGCUCAAGAUGUGACGUUGAAAGUCCAAGUUAGUGACGUCAGUACACACCAGCCGCUCAGCAAUGCCGUCAUAGAGAUAUUCGCCAACCAGGUCUCUGCAGCUACUGGGACGACUGGGUCAGAUGGGACAGCGCUGAUCAAACUCCAGUACAAAUUGGGAAGUCAACUGAUUGUCACCGCCACCAAACACGCCUAUGUGCCAAACUCCGCACCCUGGAGGCCAGUCCGGUUACCAGUGUUUUCCUCCCUGAGCCUCGGUUUGCUGCCUGAGCGGUCGGCUACCCUAAUGGUCUAUGAUGAUGUUGUACAGAUAGUCUCAGGAUUUCAAGGGUCACAUCUGCAGCCUCGGGUGCACUUUGCAAGAAGCGCCCUGGAACUACCAGGAAAUGCUACCUAUAAAGAUCUCAACGCGUUCCUGACCGCCGCCAGCACUUCCUCGGAGGUGGAAAGUUUUCCUUACUUACAAGGGACCGAUGGAAACUCAUCAGGGAACAGCAGCCGCUUUGACCUCACACCAGUCACUGCCGUCAGCAUCCAUUUAUUUGGCGCUGACAAAACGGACAUAUUGGUUCAAGGCCCGAUCUAUGUGACUGUUCCUCUGCCGGCCCAUAGUAACCUUAAACACAAUGCGCAUGUGCCCGCUUGGAGAUUUGACCAGUACCAUGGAACGUGGGUGAAGAGCAGCAUAGGAAUCAUCCAGCAAGAAGGACCCCGGCUCACCUGGACCUACAUCGCUCCACAGAUGGGAUACUGGGUUGCCGCCAUGUCUCCUUCAAAGCCAGGUUCUGUGGUGACGCAAGAUAUCACAAGCUACCACACAUUAUUCCUCCUGGCAAUAUUAGGAGGGAUUGUGUUCAUCCUCCUGGUCCUGUUCUGUCUCCUGGUGUACUACUGCAGGAGGAAAUGUUUGAAGCCACGUCAUCACCGGAAGCUUCAUCUCACAUCUGCUUUGGAUUCUUCCAAGAAAGAUCAAGCCACAUCAAUGUCCCACAUCAACUUAAUCAGCCCCAUCCAUAUGGAGAUGAUGUCCUCCAGUGGAGAGAUCGACAUGCAUACUCCAAUGCUUAAGCCUUCAUAUAAUACCUCGCGGGACUUCAGCUCAAGAGAAGAACUUCUUUCUCACCAAGACGAGAAGAGCCGAAUGUCUUUGGAUAACUUGACCCCAAGUGGGACGUUGAGACAGGUGUACAAUAAAUCUUUGGAUCAGUUCAUUUUAAAAUCAAGAAAGUCUGCGGACAUCUCAGAUGGUUUUGUUUCUCCCAUGAACGACGAGUACCGCCGGAGUUACAACUCUGUGAUCUGUCAGUCUUUAGUUGAAAACAAAGAUCCAUCUGCAAACCACUUAACAGCAGGAAGUAAGCCAAACAUUCAGGAACAAAGUCACCCUGUGCCUUCUGCUCCUGAACAAGAGCAGGUCAUGGACCGACGGUCUAAUGAAUGUAUGAUGUCUAGGUCUGUAGACCACCUUGAAAGACCAACCUCUUUUCCUCGUCCAGGUCAGCUAAUAUGCUACAAUUCUGUCGAUCAGGUGAAUGACAGCGUUUACAGAAAUGUUUUGCCCACAUUGGUUAUACCUGCUCACUACAUGAAGCUUCCAGGAGAACAUCUCAUCGUGUCUGCGGAACAACCAUAUGAACUGGAACGUCUUCAAGCUGAGCUUUCCAAAUCUCACGGUCAACAUCCUCCACAGGUACAAGCCAACCAACUAAACUCUCAAGCAAUGUCACAGCAACAUUUACAAGAUGGUGAAGGCAUGGAGUGGAGCGGACAAAACCCAGUGAUGUCCGAAUCGGUUUCCAUUCCGGCUUCGUUGAACGAUGCGGCUAUUGCUCAGAUUAAUGGCGAAGUGCAGCUGUUGACCGAGAAAGCACUGAUGGAGCUCGGUGGAGGAAGACCUAUGCCUCAUCCCCGUGCCUGGUUUGUGUCUUUAGAUGGCCGGACGAAUGCCCACAUUAGACAUUCAUACAUUGAUCUCCAAAGAGCAGGGAAGAACGGGAGCAACGAUGCCAGUUUAGACUCUGGUGUUGACAUGAACGAACCAAAAUCUGGUCGAAAAGGAAGAAGUGAAAAAUUUUCAAUGCUGCAACACCAUCUGUCUUCGCAGCACCCGACUUUGCAGGAGCACCAGCAGCAUGAGCAAAAGUUGUCAGACGGCACCACGGCUUACACACAGCUUGUUUAUCUAGACGAUAUGGACCAAAGCGGUAGCGAAUGUGGAACACCUGUGUGUAGUCCUGAGGAUAAUAGACCUUUCAUUGAGGCACCAGCAAAAAAGAGCUGCGGCCAACUACCCAGCCUUCAGGAAGAAACUUUCAAACGAACUGCAGACUCCUCACCAGUGCCAUUAAACAGCCCUGACCACAAUUACUCCAUUCAGGACGAUGGUUCCGACGACCAAGGAGAGAAUAAAAAAAGCCCUUGGCAGAAACGGGAAGAGCGACCUCUUCUGGCCUUCAACAUGAAAUAAGUUGCUGGGCUACAAAAUGGAGUAGUUAAUUGCCAAAUAUUCUUUCUUUCGGGAAUGCUUACUUUGUAGGGGGAUGAGGGGGUCUGUUUGUGAAAUUUGGACCUGAUCUUCGAUGAUAAAGACUAGGCUCACAGAUGGUUUCAAGGAAAAGACGCAGGAUGGAUUUUAUGGAAUAUUUUAUAGUUAGUCAAGGAGUGGAUAGUUAAGUGUAGCACUACCCCAGCCUUGCUUUUGUACCGAACUCUAAGAACUUGACUGUUUCUUGCUAGGUCUUGACCACUAAACUCCCCAUGACGGGAGCACAUGAAGACAACUUGUAGUUUCGAAAACCGAUAGUAUCACAAUGUGUACUGUAUAUCUGUAUUCUACAGAGGCGAUGUAGACAUUCUUGCAAAAGGCUAUGCAUUGCUGCUUUUACACCAAUUGGCAUUUUUGCCUAGGCGCCGCUUUUAUUACUUUUUUUUUUAAAUAUGAGGCUGUAAAGAAAUAUAUUCCUUUUUGGGGGUUUUUCUUAUUUUUUUUUUUUUCAUUUUAAUCAGCUUUUAUCUUUUGUAAUAUAUUUCUGCUCAGAAGCUGUGAGUCUGAUCUCUUUUCUGGUAUUAACAUUAUUUGAAUUUUUUUUCCUAAACUUGAGCAAAAAGUGCAUUGUACAGUUUGUGUCCAUAGAAUCGAUCCCUACUCUCCAAGUGCCUUUUUUU